AUGCCGGCGCGGAGAGCAGUCACUCGGAACGAUAUUCGCUUGCCGCUCGUGCACAUGUACGAUACAUCCGAAAUAAACACCCGAUUAAAACUUAAACACCACCCCGCGAGGGCGAAACUGGCUACCGCUAGUGAGGCACGCGCUGAUAUACCCUUACGAGCCAAAAGCGUCUGUUUAGUUGAAAGACCCAAAUCGCAAUAUGCACGUAACGUUCGAAGCGCGGACCACAAUCGUUUUCGCUCUGAGAAACAGUUCUUCCGUAAUCGGCUCCCGUCCAGCGAGAAACGUGUCAGACCUUGCGAUAUAACCGUUAAAAAACAGAACAGGAAAUUAAUAGAGAAAGUACCCUUCAACGUAUCAGUCCAAACGCUCUCAAUACCCAUGAAGUAUGCCGACAAUCCCAAACCUAGACAUUCAAACUCCAAACCGGCACAGAACUUAUGCAAUACAAAAGAAAUCGAUGUUAACAAAACUAAAUCACCUAAUCCUUCCAAACAGGUCAGCGACAACAAGAGGCUGUGUCAGACUGUCGGCUGCGGGAAAGAGACGGAGAACAAAUUGUUGUUGCAGAUCAGCGAAGCCGAGCAAGUGUCGGACUUUGAAAGGAUUCUUAAUUGUAAUACAAUACUGAGCGAGCGUUCGCAUGGUCACGUGUGGCGUGGUUGUUUGGCAUAUAAAUCAUCAGCAUCAGUGGUGCCGAGACCUCGAUCUGCCUACUCAUUGUAUGCGGUGAGCCAGGCCUACGAAUACCUGUUUCACCAACACGAAGAGUCGCUGCAACCACUCAUUGAUAACUAUCGUCAAGCGCAUAUUGAACAGAAAGAAGUCCCUCCGGGAAGUUUGCUUAGUAAUAGCUGGUACGAAAAUCUUCAAGGUCUUUCUGAAUUUUAUGAAGAUGACCAAGCCCUGCAGACUGAGAUAGAAACAAUCACAGACCGUAUUAUCUCCGAGGAGGUCCAAACUCCAAAAGAAACCAAGGAGUCGAGUAGAAACAAAAACUUCAACGUAAACUUGGCUGGACUGAUAGGACUACACGUGAAUGGUGAAAGUUGUACCCCGACUUUGAACCGUGAUGACUUCGUCUCCUCGCCAGACAUAGAUAGAGCACCUGAAGAUGAGAAGGAAUGGCUCAUUCCGAGUAUGAGCGCAAACUCCGAUGACCAAAAUAAAGAUAAAGACUCUGAGUUAGAUUGUUUAGCACAAAACCUGAAUACGGUUAACAUUGAUAGUGAUGGUAAAGUGCCGACCAUAACAUUUAGCAACUGCUGCGAAAACCGUACAAGAAGCGAUCAGCCAAGCAAUACUGACGUUGUGAUUCAUCUGACUGUGCCCUCUGUUGAUAGUGCUGAUGAGGCCCGCCCGCCUAUGAUGUAA